AUGCGACGCCGCGGCGGCGGCUUGGUACCUCGCGCAGGUAACGAGAACACGGGCUGGAAUGCUUCCGCUCGGCGCAUCAUCGGCAACGCCGAUGCCUACGGCACGCUCCUCUGGCUCGGCGGCUUCGGCAUCAUGUUCCAGAUCGUCUUGUACGCGGUCCAGUACUCGAAGGAGUGGGGCGGCAUGCUUCUCACGCCCUCCGAGACUAUCUCCGGCGCGCUCGAGGGCACCAAAGACCUCAUCGAGUGUACCGUCGUGCUCAUGAUGGCGUCGGCUACGGUGUGGAAAUCGAUGUACGGCGCGUCGAUGGCGUGGCGAUGCCGGUUCCUCACCGCUCGACGGAGCGACACACUGGUUCAUUUUCCACACAGGUCUGCUAUCGGCAAGAUCUCGCAGCAGAUGAUGUUACCCGACGCCGUCGUGGAUCUGAUUGGUGACUCUAUCCCGGGCAAGGCGCUGCCGGUUGUGGUCUUCAUCACCUCCGCCGUCAUCGCGUUGUCGACGGGCUCCUCGUGGGCGACGAUGACGAUCGUCUUCCCGAUCGCCAUUCCCCUCGCCAACAACGCGUCGGGCGGCUCGCUCACGAUCCGCCUCGAGAACGUCAUCGGCGCGAUCCUCGGCGGAGCCGUCUGGGGCGAUCACUGCUCCCCGAUCUCGGACACGACCGUGCUGUCCGCCGCGUCGUGUCGCGUCAAGACGAUCGAUCAUGUUAAGACCCAGCUGCCGUACGCCUUCCUGGCCGGCUCGUGCGCGGCGGUCUUCGGCUACCUCCUCAACGGGUACGGCGUGCCCCACGAGUUGCUCGUCCUCGGUGCUUUUGCUGGAAUGCCGUGGGUCUUCUACGCCGUGUCCAUGAUCCCCGGCUGGGGCGGCCCUACUCCUAUCUACGACCCCGAGCACGACAAGGUUGUCGGUGAGGGCUUCUACGGAGCGAUGAAUUCCCUCAAGCGGAACUGCGCGUGCGGCAAGAAGGGCGGGGAUGUGGAGCCGAUGAAGACCGUCGACAACGUCACCGAGACGGGGCACAUCUCCCCGCGGGGCGCCAUCUCCCCGAUCUCGCACGGGCCGUCGGCGUCCACGAAGGUCAAGGUCACGCCGGGCAUCGACGAGACCGACCUCUGA